GAGGAGGGAGCCUCACCCGGACUACAACUCCCAUCAGUCUUAGCGGCGGCGGCGGAGGCGCUCGGCUGCCGGCCGCGGUGCAUGGUGGGCCGGCAGCUCCAAAAUGGACAACCCCCGUGAGGCGCCGGGGAAGGCCAGCCGCUGGUUCGGCGUCUCGCAGUCCAAAUCGGCCAAGACGACGGCGAACAUCCUGCAGCAGGAGGAGCUGAUAGCGCAGAAGAAGAGGGAGAUCGAGGCCCGCCUGGAGCAGCAGGAGAGGCAGAACUCCCUGCGCAUCCGGCAGCUGCCCCUCUUCGGGGAAGAUGACGGUACUGACGGUGAAGCCUCUGUUUCCAACAAGUUUGUUAACGAUGGCAGUUUCCUCCAGCAGUUUCUCAAGCUGCAGAAGGAAAAGUCGAGUGCUGAACCUCCCCCAAGUUCUACUAAUAACUCGUCAAACGCUUCCGCACCAAAUGUUGGGAAGAAACCUAUGCUGUUUGGGAAGCGCCCCGGGCAGGUCCUGAGCAGCAUGCUGCAGCAAGCGAAGAACUACUCCCAUUCCAAACAGACCCCAGUCGUUAACCGCCUCAGUGUGUUUCAGUCGCCAGAUGAAGAUGAGGAGGAAGAUUACGAGCAGUGGUUGGAAAUUAAAGUUUUACCCCCAGAGGAUGCGGAGACCCGCCAAGUGGUGGAAAAGCUGGCUAGGUUCGUGGCUGAAGGGGGACCAGAGUUAGAGAAGGUCGCUAUGGAAGACUACAAGGAUAACCCAGCUUUUUCGUUUUUACAUGAUAAGAACAGCAGAGAAUUCCUUUACUACAGAAAGAAAGUGGCAGAGAUAAGAAAAGAGAAUCAAAGUUCUCAGGCAUCCUCUUCUCAGAAAGUUUCACCCCCAGAGGACGAAGAGACAAAGAACUGUGCUGAGAAACUGGCCAGGUUCAUAGCAGACGGGGGUCCCGAGGUGGAAGCUAUUGCCUUGCAGAACAACCGCGAGAACCAUGCUUUCAGGUUUUUAUAUGAGCCAAACAGCAAAGGCUACAAGUAUUACCGGCAGAAACUGGAGGAGUUCCGUAAGGCCAAAACCAGCACUGCGAGUGCCCCCGUGCCUGCGGAGUCCAGCCUGAAAAGGAAGAGCAGUCCUGAGCCAUCGCCGUCACCUCUUCCCAUAUCAUCCCUGCCUUUGCCCGUGCCCUCCCCUUUGCCUUUACCUCUGCCCUUACCCUUGCCCACGGCUACAACCACUGCUGCACCACCAGCUACGGCCGCUGCUACGGGCACCACAAAAAAGAAACGAAAGAGCAGGUGGGGGCCAGAGGAGGACAAGGUUGAGUUGCCCCUCCCGCAGCUGAUCCAGCAGCUGGAUUCUCCCUCCCCCCUUUCAGUUCAGGACCUCAAGGGUCUUGGUUAUGAAAAAGGGAAACCAGUUGGCUUGGUGGGUGUGACAGAGCUCUCCGAAGCCCAGAAGAAACAGCUGAAGGAGCAGCAGGAGAUGCAGCAGAUGUACGACAUGAUCAUGAAGCACAAGCAAGCCAUGCAGGAAAUGCAGAUGAUGUGGGAGAAGGCGAUUCAGCAGCACCAGCACGGCUACGACAGCGACGAGGAGGUAGACAGCGAGCUGGGAACGUGGGAGCAUCAGCUUCGACGCAUGGAGAUGGACAAGACACGAGAGUGGGCUGAGCAGCUGACCCAGAUGGGCAGAGGGAAGCAUUUCAUCGGGGACUUUCUUCCACCGGAUGAGCUGGAGAAAUUCAUGGAGACGUUCAAGGCAUUGAAGGAAGGACGUGAACCAGAUUAUUCUGAAUACAAAGAGUUCAAACUGACUGUGGAAAACAUAGGUUAUCAAAUGCUAAUGAAGAUGGGCUGGAAGGAAGGCGAGGGACUUGGCUCAGAUGGACAGGGGAUUAAAAACCCAGUCAGCAAGGGGACUACAGCUGUGGAUGGAGCUGGUUUUGGCAUCGAUCGUCCUGCAGAGCUAACCAAGGAGGAUGAUGAGUACGAGGCAUUCCGUAAACGGAUGAUGCUCGCCUACCGGUUCCGACCAAAUCCAUUGAACAAUCCACGACGACCUUACUACUGAGAAUGUUUUUGGGACAAUGUAUUUUCAAAACAAUUGUAAUUUUACUGUGAAAUGUUAUGAAACUACGUUAUCAUUCUCUUAUUUGCUAAUAUUGUAAAACUUAUUGAAGUCACAAAACCAUCUUUCACCCAGAAGAACGGCCUGCGAGCCCACUCACUGCGCACUCGAGUGUCAUGACAACCGUGUUGUAACACGGCCUGGAUGGGAUUCAGGAAGGGUAAGGGAGCAGGUGAGAAUGGAGAUUUUUACACGGUGCCCUGCUGAGUGGAAGGGUAGCACCAAAGAUACCAAUAGGAAUAGUUCAGGGACUCCAUUUGUAUAUAGCUCGGUGCCAUGUUACUUACAAGGAAUGCAUUUUCUUUUGCCUCAUGGCAGGUCCUCUGUUGUUCUGAUGUGCAGCCUGUGCUGCUCUUUUUUUGUUGAUUUAUUUUUUUUAUUGCAAAUAUGACAACCAACCCAACUCUUGGGGCUAAUGUUCGGUCUUCAUUCCCUGACAAACUGGGUUCUGAUGGUGUCAUGAAGCCUGAAGUACAGUCUGACCUCCAACUGACAUUGCAAAACCAGUGCCUCGUUGUUUUACCUCUGUCCCGUGGAAGAAGAGGUGUGGAUCAGUGCGUGGAGCAUUGGCUGCAAGGGUUGAGGAGUGCAGGGGGAUGUUCAUUCAACUUCAGAGGCGACAGCCUCUUGGUUUCUUGAACACUAAGUUCACCCACAGCUUCUUAGCAAAAUGAGAGACUUGCUAACACUGUGUGUGGAUGUGGGUGACGAAGAACCAAGCCUUCGAACGCAGCUUAUCAAAGGUCAUUUGCAUUUUGUUGUCCUAUGAAACUCCUCUACAAGUACAAAUUUUCUUCAUUCAAUCUGUAAAUAAAAUAAAACUCACUUGUUCCUUA